AUUGGUUUUCAUUUUCGUUGGUUUCCUGUAACUGCCGACUGUGUAGCAACGUGCUGAUAUCGCAAACAAGCUAUUAUUUAACCCCUUUAUUAUGACUUCGGAAACAAUCGCUAUCCCACCAUCGGUUUCAUGGGCUCAGAGAAGCACUCGUGUUUUUUUGACAUUUAAUGUUGAAUGUGAAAAACCGGAUAUAAAAAUUGAAAAGAAAUCGGUUUCAUUUAGAGGAAUAUGUGCUCCAGACCGCAAACUACUUCAAGUUGAUAUACCCUUGUAUGCCGAAAUAGAUCCCGAGAAGAGCACAGAAGUCAACAAAGGCAGAUACAUUGAGCUCGUGUUAAUGAAAGAAAAGACGGAUGAGUCAUUUUGGCCCACACUAACGAGUGACAAGAAGAAGCACCAUUGGCUAAAGGUGGACUUCAAUCGCUGGCAGGAGGAGGAUGAAAGCGAUGAUGGCAUGCUUGAGAUGAAUGACAUGUUUUCAAACAAAAUAGGCCCAUUUGGGGAUGAACUUGAAAAGGACGACUCCAGUUCUGCCGAGGAAGAGGAUCUUCCUGAUAUAGAAUAGACAUUCUCGAAUCUCCAUAGCCAUGUAAAACUCUUUAGACAUUUAGAUUUAAGUGCAUUAUUAAUGUUUGUGCUUUUAUAUGAAAUAG